GUUGGACGUGGCGAAUUAAAAUCACAACUUCAAACACUAUAAAUUCCGCCGAAGAAUUGCCACCAUUUUUCUGUGUGUGUCUCUCUUUACCGACAGCUGAUUUUCGUUCAUUUUUGGGGGCUGUCUUGUUCGUUGCUUCUGUCUCUCUCUGUCCCACCUACUGCUACUACAGUAGCUACCUCAUUCCAAUAAUACACCCAACAAAGAGAGAGAGAGAGUUGAGUUAUUGAAGUUCUUGAUAGCAUUCACCGUUUUCAUGAAGAUUUCCCACCUGGAUUUAUCCAAAGAUGCAAUCUUUACAAGAACCCAGUAGCGCAGAAUCAGAAUCCGCAGCUGAUUCUGACAGCGGCGGAGGUUUAGGGAAAGAUGGAAUUGUGAAGGGGAGGGGGGAAUCCAGUGUGUCGCAGUGUUCCGUGGAGAUUGUGGAUCUGGAAGGUGUGCAUUUGGCGAAGACUAAGAGGGAUUGCAGGAUAUGCCACCUCAGCAUGGAUGCAACCAAUCAGGAUUCAGGGCUUUCCAUGGAACUGGGAUGCUCUUGUAAGGAGGAUUUGGGUGCUGCCCACAAGCAAUGUGCUGAGGCCUGGUUCAAGAUCAAAGGAGACAAAACCUGUGAGAUAUGUGGAUCCCUUGCACAGAAUGUGGUCGGGGUGGCUGAGUCCGAGCCGGCAGAGACAUGGAACGGGGCUAGUGAUUCUGCAGCAGCUCAGACACGGAACUUCUGGCAAGGCCACCGGUUUCUCAACUUCUUGCUAGCUUGCAUGGUGUUUGCGUUUGUCAUAUCCUGGCUUUUCCAUUUCAACGUGCCGUCCUGAAACUCGUGGGGCUGCUCCGAGCCGUGAGACAUCAUCGUGCACAUUAGUGACAGAGGAACAAGAUGCUACCUAAGUUCAAAACUUUGCUGUUACUUUCAUUUAAUUCUGUUCUAUGAGUAGAACGGAAGCCGUCUGGCGCAUUCAGAAUUUUAGAUUUCGAGUGCGACAAAUAAUUACAUAGUACGUCAGCGUCAUGUCAGAGCAUGCCGACGUUGCAUCGUUGUCGUCAGCGAUGUAACGGCGUUUUUCCCUUCUCUUCGUCUCUCUCACUUGCAUCUACUAUUAAAUUGAAAUUGAUUAAUAGAGUAUGAAGUAUGAAUAUUGGAUAA